AUGCAGGGUGCGCAAAAGGUCGUGGAUGAUAGUUUUUCGCCAGUGGAUCACCUCCCGCGCAGCAUCUACCAGUUCCUUGCGCCAAUCGCGGAUUCCACCUGCCAGGGAAUGUUCUCUUGCCUGUGCGUGGUAGCCGGUGCUCUACCUGCGCUCUGCAACGGAGCCUCCGUGCAGCUUUGGAGUCAAAAGCCGACUCCUUUGGCCUGCGUCAUGAUCCAGGUUGCACCUCCACAGAAAGGCAAAAGCCGCCUUUGGCAGGUCGUGGAGGAGAUGUUAGACACCUGCGAUGAUGUGGUCUCUGAGAUGGCGCAGCAGGUGGCUGACCGAGCUCCGCCUCCAGAGAGGGAUGCAAACCAUGAUGGGGGGAAGCCCCAAGUCAAGGCUACGGUGAAAAGCAUUUCCUUGCAGAGCUUCACUUUUACAGAAUUCUUCUUCCGCUGCAGCGCAGAGUACCCGCAAGUGGAAUGGACUAGAGGUGACAAGAAGCUCGGUGGUCAAUCCUUCCCGGCACGGUUGUGGUAUGGCGCGGCCUUCAAUUUGGACGAGGCUUACGAGUUCCUGGACGGUCUUGGUUUACUCGGAGUCACGAAAGGGGAAGGCGGCAAGAAUGCCGCCCUCAACGCCAGUGCCUUGAAUGGGUUAGUCCAGUCAGGCAAAAUGAAAAGGGGGGCGCGCGCAAGCACAACCUACGGGACUUCGCGGGGGAAGCACGUGUCUUUGUCUGUCGUUGGAAAUGGGCAUCCAAGCAAAAUCAUUGCAAUGGAGCGCCAACUCCAGGGCACACAUACUGCUGCGUGCAAGGAGCGAUUUCUGGUGUGCCUGGAUCACGCAGCGCCGCGGCAUGCGCCCGUUGCCUACGCUCCACUACAGGAUGCCUGGACAUGGCUCCCUCUCACCUCGCACCAGGCAUUUGUCUUCUCUUGGCAGAAGUACCUCAACAACCCCAGCUGUGCCAAGCGGGAAUUGCAGCCUCAAGCUUCCCAAGCCUCCGCGGCAGAAGAUGGCUUCAUUGGCCCGGCGGAGGGAUAUCUUAUCUCUUUCCCCGAUGGUGUCGAGUCCCGUAUCCGCUACGUGGCAAGGGCGCCCGGAGGUGGAGAGGAGGAUGUUCGCACGGAGUUUCGCAUUUCCUCCCGUUGGAAUCUCGCGGACCCAACAGACGGUUUCGAUUAUAAGGGGUACCUGUACCUUUUUGGGGUCCUUCUUAUGAGUGGGUCCUACUAUUUGGGAGUCUAUAUGAGGGGUCCCCGAUUAGAGUACACGGCUAAAUGGAGAUCAUAG